UGUCUGGUCACAUUGAAUAUGUAUCCUGCUAACCUAUACUUUAAAAUGACAGCUACAUUAUUGAACCGAACGUCUUGCUUUUGAUGCUUCCACAUUAUUAAUUUAUACUUCUUUCACUUCCCUUUCAGAGCUCAGAAUGACGAAUGAGGAACCCCUUCCAAAGAAGGUGUGAGAGAGCCUCUAUUAGGAAACCAAAUGUCCCUGUAUUGAUAAUGUUAUGCAGCUAAAGACUACUUGCUGACUCUUGUAUUCCCAUCUUCCUCAUUCAGGUUCGCCUCAGUGAAUCUGACAUGAAGACCCUGACCCGAGAGGAACUGUGUGUGAGGUAAAUGGAUAACACUACAGUAGAUGGAGGAUGGGAUGAUUCUGUUUGGAUGUGAUGACAAGUAUGUUCAAUGUGUUCAUCAUGUGCAUGUUUAUUAUUUGUCCUUUAGGUGGAAACAACAUGAAACCUAUGUCCAGGUCCUGGAAGCGAAAUAUGCUGAUCUGAAUUGUAAGUGCUCCACAAAAUGUAGGCCUACUCCAACAUUUCAUCAAGUCAUCAUUCAAUACCAAACUUUGGGGGGUAUAAAUACCCACACUCAACACUAUUUAAGUUUUAUUUUUGUUAUGGUGUUGAUGACUUUGCUCCUUUUCAGUUGACACAUGAUGAGGUUAACUGUGUUGUUUCUGUCCACUCACUGUCUCAGCGAACAAUGUGACAGGGCUGAAGGAGUCUGAGGAGAAGCUGAAGCCGCAGCAGCAGGAGGCGUCACGCAGGGGGAACAUCCUGGUCAUGCGGCUCGCCACCAAGGAGCAGGAAAUGCAAGAGUGUACAGUACGUAUCCCACUGCAAUGCGUCCUGCUGUUUUCCUAAAUGAGGAGACUGUGGGAUAUGUAGGCUCAGGCUGAAUCCCAAAUCCGUCCCUUCCCCUUGGCCAUCCAUUUACACGUUCACGCGUGCCUCCACCAUACAGUGCAUUCGGAAAGUAUUCAGAUCCCUUGACUUUUCCCACAUGUCGUUACAUUACAGCCUUAUUCAAAAAUGGAUUAAAUAAAAUAAAAUCGUCAUCAAUAUACACCAUAAUGACAGUGAAAACAGGUUUUUAGAAAUGUUUGCAAAUGUAUUUACAAAUAGAAGACAGAUACCUUAUUUACAUAAGUAUUCAGACCCUUUGUUAUGAGACUUGAAAUUGAGCUCAGGUGCAUCCUGUUUCCAUUGAUCAUCCUUGAGAUGUUUCUACAACUUGAUUGGAGUCCACCUGUGGUAAAUUCAAUUGAUUGGACAUGAUUUGGAAAGGCACACACCUGUCUAUACAGUGAGGGGGGAAAAGUAUUUGAUCCCCUGCUGAUUUUGUACGUUUGCCCACUGACAAAGAAAUGAUCAGUCUAUAAUUUUAAUGGUAGGUUUAUUUGAACAGUGAGAGACAGAAUAACAACAACAAAAUUCAGAAAAACACAUGUCAAAAAUGUUAUAAAUUGAUUUGCAUUUUAAUGAGGGAAAUAAGUAUUUGACCCCUCUGCAAAACAUGACUUAGUACUUGGUGGCAAAAUCCUUGUUGGCAAUCACAGAGGUCAGGUGUUUCUUGUAGUUGGCCACCAGGUUUGCACACAUCUCAGGAUGGAUUUUGUCCCACUCCUCUUUGCAGAUCUUCUCCAAGUCAUUAAGGUUUUGAGGCUGACGUUUGGCAACUCGAACCUUCAUCUCCCUCCACAGGACCUUAAUGUCCUUCUUCUUGAGCCACUCCUUUGUUGCCUUGGCCGUGUGUUUUGGGUCAUUGUCAUGCUGGAAUACCCAUCCACGACCCAUUUUCAAUUUCCUGGCUGAGGGAAGGAGGUUCUCACCCAAGAUUUGACGGUACAUGGCCCGUCCACUUCAGACGGGCAUGUAUAUGUGCCUUCUUGAGCAGGGGGACCUUGCGGGCGCUGCAGGAUUUCAGACCUUCACGGCGUAGUGUGUUACCAAUUGUUUUCUUGGUGACUAUGGUCCCAGCUGCCUUGAGAUCAUUGACAAAAUCCUCCCGUGUAGUUCUGGGCUGAUUCCUCACCGUUCUCAUGAUCAUUGCAACUCCACGAGGUGAGAUCUUGCAUGGAGCCCCAGGCUGAGGGAGAUUGACAGUUAUUUUGUGUUUCUUCCAUUUGCGAAUAAUCGCACCAACUGUUGUCACCUUACAUUUACAUUUUCGUCAUUUAGCAGACGCUCUUAUCCAGAGCGACUUACAAAUUGGUGCAUUCACCUUAUGAUAGCCAGUGGGACAACCACUUUACAAUAUAUCAUAUUAUUAUUAUUUAUUUAUUUAAUGUAUUUUUUUUGGGGGGUGGGGGUAGAAGGAUUACUUUUAUCCUAUCCCAGGUAUUCCUUAAAGAGGUGGGGUUUCAAGUGUCUCCGGAAGGUGGUGAGUGACUCCGCUGUCUUGGCGUCGUGAGGGAGCUUGUUCCACCAUUGGGGUGCCGGAGCAGCGAACAGUUUUGACUGGGCUGAGCGGGAACUGUGCUUCCGCAGAGGUAGGGGGGCCAGGAGGCUAGAGGUGGAUGAACGCAAUGCCCUCGUUUGGGUGUAGGGACUGAUCAGAGCCUGAAGGUAAGGAGGUGCCGUUCCCCUCACAGCUCCGUAGGCAAGCACCAUGGUCUUGUAGCAGAUGCGGGCUUCAACUGGAAGCCAGUGGAGUGUGCGGAGGAGCGGGGUGACAUGAGAGAACUUGGGAAGGUUGAACACCAGACGGGCUGCAGCGUUCUGGAUGAGUUGUAGGGGUUUAAUGGCACAGGCAGGGAGCCCAGCCAACAGCGAGUUGCAGUAAUCCAGACGAGAGAUGACAAGUGCCUGGAUUAGGACCUGUGCUGCUUCCUGUGGAAGGUAGGGUCGUACUCUGCGAAUGUUGUAGAGCAUGAACCUACAGGAUUGGGUCACCGCUUUGAUGUUAGCGGAGAAUGACUGGGUGUUGUCCAGGGUCAGGCCAAGGUUCUUUGCACUCUGGGAGGAGGACACAACGGAGUUGUCAACCGUGAUGGCGAGAUCAUGGAGCGGGCAGUCCUUCCCCGGGAGGAAGAGCAGCUCCGUCUUGCCAAGGUUCAGCUUGAGGUGGUGAUCCGUCAUCCACACUGAUAUGUCUGCAAGACAUGCAGAGAUGCGAUUCGACACCUGGUUAUCAGAAGGGGGAAAGGAGAAGAUUAAUUGUGUGUCGUCUGCGUAGCAAUGAUAGGAGAGACCAUGUGAGGAUAUGACAGAGCCAAGUGACUUGGUGUAUAGAGAGAAUAGGAAAGGGCUUAGAACUGAGCCUUGGGGGACACCAGUGGUGAGAGCACGUGGUGUGGAGACAGAUUCUCGCCACGCCACCUGGUAGGAGCGACCUGUGAGGUAGGACGCAAUCCAAGAGUGAGCCGCGCCGGAGAUGCCCAACUCGGAGAGGGUGGAGAGGAGGAUCUGAUGGUUCACAUAUCAAAGGCAGCAGAUAGGUCUAGAAGGAUGAGAGCAAAAGUUAGCUUUAGCAGUGCGGAGAGCCCCCGUGACACAGAGAAGAGCAGUCUCAGUUGAAUGACCAGUCUUGAAACCUGACUGGUUUGGAUCAAGAAGGUCAUUCUGAGAGAGAUAACAAGAGAGUUGGCUAAAGACGGCACGCUCAAGAGUUUUGGAGAGAAAAAAUAGAAAGGAUACUGGUCUGUAGUUGUUGACAUCGGAGGGAUCGAGUGUAGGUUUUUGAGAAGGGGUGCAACUCUCGCUCUCUUGAAGAUGGAAGGGACAUAGCCAGUGGUCAAGGAUGAGUUGAUGAGCGAGGUGAGGUAAGGGAGAAGGUUUUCGGAAAUGGUCUGGAGAAGAGAGGAGGGGGUAGGGUCAAGCGGGCAGGUUGUUGGGCGGCCGGCCGUCACAAGUCGCAAGAUUUCAUCUGGAGAGAGAGGGGAGGAAGAAGUCAAAGCAUAGGGUAGGGCAGUGUGAGCAGGACCAGCGGUGUCAUUUGACUUAAUAAAUGAGGAUCGGAUGUCGUCAACCUUCUUUUCAAAAUGGUUGACGAAGUCAUCCACAGAGAGGGAGGAGGAUUAAGCAGGGAGGAGAAGGUGGCAAAGAGCUUCCUAGGGUUAGAGGCAGAUGCUUGAAAUUUAGAGUGGUAGAAAGUGGCUUUAGCAGCAGAAACAGAGGAAGAAAAUGUAGAGAGGAGGGAGUGAAAAGAUGACAGGUCGGCAGGGAGUCUAGUUUUCCUCCAUUUCCGCUUGGCUGCCCGGAGCCCUGUUCUGUGAGCUCGCAAUGAGUCGUCAAGCCACGGAGCAGGAGUGGAGGACCGAGCCGGCCGGGAGGAUAGGGGACAUAGAGAGUCAAAAGAUGCAGAAAGGGAGGAGAGGAGGGUUGAGGAGGCAGAAUCAGGAGAUUGGAGGGAGAAGGCUUGAGCAGAGGGAAGAGAUGAUAGGAUGGAAGAGGAGAGAGUAGCGGGACAGAGAGAGCGGAGGUCGCAACGGCGCAUUACCAUCUGAGUAGGGUCAGAGUGAGUAGUGUUGGAGGAGAGCGAGAGAGAAAAGGAUACAAAGUAGUGGUCGGAGACUUGGAGGGGAGUUGCAGUGAGAUUAGUAGAAGAACAGCAUCUAGUAAAGAUGAGGUCAAGCGUAUUGCCUGCCUUGUGAGUAGGGGGAGACGGUGAGAGGGUGAGGUCAAAAGAAGAGAGGAGUGGAAAGAAGGAGGCAAAGAGAAAUGAGUCAAAGGUAGACGUAGGGAGGUUAAAGUCACCCAGAACUGUGAGGGGUGAGCCAUCUUCAGGAAAGGAACUUACCAAGCUGCUUGGCGAUGGUCUUGUAGCCCAUUCCAGCCUUGUGUAGGUCUACAAUCUUGUCCCUGACAUCCUUGGAGAGCUCUUUGGACUUGGCCAUGGUGGAGAGUUUGGAAUCUGAUUGAUUGAUUGCUUCUGUGGACAGGUGUCUUUUAUACAGGUAACAAGCUGAGAUUAGGAGCACUCCCUUUAAGAGUGUGCUCCUAAUCUCAGCUCGUUACCUGUAUAAAAGACACCUGGGAGCCAGAAAUCUUUCUGAUUGAGAGGGGGUCAAAUACUUAUUUCCCUCAUUAAAAUGCAAAUCAAUUUAUAACAUUUUUGACAUGCGUUUUUCUGAAUUUUGUUGUUGUUAUUCUGUCUCUCACUGUUCAAAUAAACCUACCAUUAAAAUUAUAGACUGAUCAUUUCUUUGUCAGUGGGCAAACGUACAAAAUCAGCAGGGGAUCAAAUACUUUUUUCCCUCACUGUAAGGUCCCACAGUUGACAGUGCAUGUCAGAGCAAAAACCAAGCCAUGAGGUCAAAGGAAUUGUCCGUAGCGCUCCAAGACAGGAUUGUGUCGAGGCACAGGUCUGGGGAAGGGUACCACAACAUUUCUGCAGCAUUGAAGGUCCCCAAGAACACAGUGGCCUCCAUCAUUUUGAAAUGUAAGAAGUUUGGAACCACCAAGAUUCUUCCUAGAGCUGGCCGCCCGGCCAAACUGAGCAAUCAGGGGAGAAGGGUAGGGAGGUGAUCAAGAACCUGAUGGUCACUCUGACAGAGCUCCAGAGUUCCUCUGUGGGGAUGGGAGAACCUUCCAGAAGGACAACCAUCUCAGCACAAAUCAGGCCUUUAUGUUAGUGGCCAGACGGAAGCCACUCCUCAGUAAAAGGCACAUGACAGCCUGCUUAGAGUGCCAAAAGGCACCUAAAGGACUGUCAGACCAUGAGAAACAAGAUUCUCUGGACUGAUGAAACCAAAAUGUAACUCUUUGGCCUGAAUGCCAAGUGUCACGUCUGGAGGAAACCUGGCACCAUCCCUACAGUGAGGCAUGGUGGUGGAAGCAUUAUGCUGUGGGGAUGUUUUUCAGAGGCAGGGACUGGGAGACUAGUCAGGAUCGAGGGAAAGAUGAACGCAGCAAAGUACAGAAAGACCCUUGAUGAAAACCUGCUCCAGGGCGCUCAGGACCUCAGACUGGGGGCGAAGGUUCACCUUCCAACAGGAUAACGACCCUAAGCACACAGCCAAGACAACGCAGGAGUGGCUUCGGAACAAGUCUCUGAAUGUCCUUGAGUGGCCCAGCCAGAGCCCGGACUUGAACCCAAUCGAACAUCUCUGGAGAGACCUGAGAAUAGCUGUGCAGCAACGCUCCCCAUCCAACCUGACAGAGCUUGAGAGGAACUGCAGAGAAGAAUGGGAGAAACUCCCCAAAUACAGGUGUGCCAAGCUUGUAGCGUCAUACCCAAGAAGACUCGAGGCUGUAAUCGCUGCCAAAGGUGCUUCAACAUAGUACUGAGUAAAGGGUCUGAAUACUUAUGUAAAUGUAAUAUUUCAGUUACAUUUUUUAUCAAUUUGCAAACAUUUGUAACCUGUUGUUGCUUUUUCAUUAUGGGUUAUUGUGUGUAGGUUGAUGAGGGGGGGAAACAAUUUAAUCCAUUUUAGAAUAUGGCUGUAACGUAACAAAAUGUGGAAAAAGUCAAGGGGUCUGAAUACUUUCCGUAUGCACAAAUGUCCCAAAGCUGAAGGAGUAAAAAAUAUCAAGGGUGUAGGGGCUAAUUUUAUUUCUAUCUUAUCUAUCUAAUCUUUGAUAGCCACUUGGAGUGAGCCAGCUAUGCUGCCGGCUUCACAACAAAGUGGUAUCCCAACAUGCUUCACUAAAUGUUUGGAGUUUGCGCAAUAUCAUACAGAAGAAUGGAGAGGCGUAACUAAUUAUGACAUGUGCAUUUGUUUGUAUCUGAUUUUGAGGCGUGAAACCAGGUUUAUUUGAUCCCCUCACCUCUCUGGAACAGAGUUGAGCGGUCAGAAAACCCGCCCAUCGUCCUUUCCAACCUCGCCGCUAAAAACCGCUCCUCGCUCACAGGAAGAAAAAAAACUACCGCUCCAAAUUCGCUCCAUUCAUUAAAAUCACCAUUUAACCAACACCCAUCUAUUUUUGUGAUUACCUGGACCAACCAUUUGGUUUUGAAAGAUUGAAACCAAACCAUAUGAUUUGAAUGUAAAGUAUUUUCAUAAACAACAUGAAAAGGUGACUGUAAGAAACGCUCAUCAUUUCAAAUAGGCUACAUGUCAUAUUAAACAGCAUAUAAACACUAAAUAGGUCAGGAGCGAAGGAACUAAAAUUAAUUAUUUAGGCUAUAUCAUUAGCCUGUUAUUUCAAGGCUAUAGCCUACAAAGAAGAGCAAGCCAGCAGCGGAGUACCUUCUCCACGCUUGCAGAGCCACUGGAGAUGCCAAACACCCUUCGGGCUGCUCUUGCCAGGCUGGGCAGGGAUGCAGAUGUUGUUGUUAUUAUUAUUAUUAUUUUUAUAUAUGUAGGCCUACAGGUUUUUAGCCAAAAUAACCCCAUCAAAACGGAAAGCUCCUUGAAAGAGGUCAUAUGUCAGGCCUGUUGGGCAAAAAUCAAUGAGAGCCUAUUGUAGAACAAAAAUGAAUAGAACAAAAAUGAACUAAACUUUAAAGAUCAGAUUUUUUUGCUACAAUGACACACUUAGCUAGCUAUCCACCUUGUUCCUUUCUGUUAGUAUGUGCACGUAGUACACAUCAUGCUUUUGGGAUAUGUGUCUUUUCAGAUUCCACAAUGAUUCUUUAGUUGUGAACACUACAUUGCCACACUCCCUCUCUUGGUCCUCAUCUUUGUAAGUCACCUUAAUUUUGCACCGCUGUGUUUUAUUAGUUUCUUUAUGAAAAUAUUUAGCUAACUCCAUGACAGUAGCUAAAGCAAGGGGCUAUAGCAGCACACAAGUGGCAUACAAAUGCAUGCUGGGAUGGGCAUGCCUUGCGCUUGUAGUAAUAAUAAUAAUAAUAAUAAUAAUAAUAAUAAUAAUAAUAUGCCAUUUAGCAGACGCUUUUAUCCAAAGCGACUUACAGUCAUGCGUGCAUACAUUUUUGUGUAUGGGUGGUCCCGGGGAUCGAACCCACUACCUUGGCGUUACAAGCGCCGUGCUCUACCAGCUGAGCUACAGAGGACCUUGUGAAGUGAGCGACAUUGGCGCAGGUGAGAAGGCCUUUGGAAAACUCACUUCUCGCUCCAGUGAAAUUGGGCACGCUCCGCUCCACUCCACUCACAUACUCUGCUCUGGAAGUCACACUGAGUUUCGUCCCUGUGACAAAAGGAGGGCCCUCCGAGCAAGUGUUUUGGGGCGAAUGGCUGGUUUUGGAUUCUGCUAGUUUUAGCUUUAAGGAGGGACUACUGACAUCUUACUAUAAAAGUUGUUUUCAAUGGCAAAUCUAACCAUUAUGUUGAUUUGGUGGUCUUCAAUGAUAAUCACUCUGUUGCAGGGCAUUACAGUUCUGGCAGGAAAAUAGAAACGCCUUUAUUUUUGUAAUAAGAUGUUAGUUGCACAACAGACCUCAACCUUCUGCAUACAAGUGUGGAUCUUGACCCUAGUCAAGCUAAAUCCAAGCUGUGCAGGGAAAGGAGGGUAUAGUAUAUGGACAAUGUGAUUCCUUACUUGGCAGAGCUCUCACUCUGACUGACAGCACAGUGGCUCACCCAACAGCUUUACAGCAGCAAAUGCCAUCCCUUUUGUCGAUCAAAUGAGGUCAAUCAAACUGACUCGGACCGUUGGGUGCAUAAAAUGCUAAUCUGAGAUCAAAACACAUUUUAUUGGUCACAGACACAUAUUUAGAAGAUGUUAGUGCAGGUGUAGCGAAAUGCUUGUGUUCCUAGCUCCAACAGUGCAGUAGUGUCUAACAAUUCACAACAAUAUACACAAAUCUAAGAGUUAUGGUGCACAAGACAAGUCCAAUAAUCAACCCAAAGCUGUCUUUUACACUGUAGUCUAACAAGGUGACUUGAAGUCAAGCACUUUUCAAUAAUGAUUUACAAAGGUAUAUGAAUAUUGUGUAAGCAUGAUGUUAUUGUGUUCAGCUACAGUAAUGGCCACUGUGAUUUCAUAGUUCUGUUAGUAGCCACAUCCAUUGCCUCUUAUGCAGGGGUGAAAGUAAGGCGGUCCGGUACGGCGUCCCGGCAAAAUAAAUAGUGAGGGUACGCCGUACCAGUAAAACGUGAGCUUAUCACAAUUAAUACAACAUGCCCCCAAAACUAUAGGCUAUUACACCAUUAUUUAACAUUACUGCAUGUCAGCCGCAUGAAAAAUUAGCGAAUUGACUGGAAACUGGGUGGUAUACGCUCUAAAUUGUGGUAUGGUUUGAGGAGAACGCUUACAUUUUGCCAAGGCGGAGAUGAGUGGCCGAGAUGCUUGCGUGCUGAUGAGUAGCCGAGACCGAGGCAUGCGGACAACAGUGGAUGCAUCAAUUCAGGCUACAAGUGUAGGCCUAAUGACAAUUGCAGAAUGUCAUUACAAUACAUGUAGGUGUUUUAUAACUGAUGUCUUUUUCCAGUCAUCAAAUUGCGGGUGCACUGUUGUGGUUUGGAUGCUGAAAUCAUUUUGUGAGUGAAGGAAUGUGCGCCGGUAACCUACAGGAGCGCCUUUGUUAAGUAAUUGUUUGACAAUCCAAUGAAAACAUCAUGACUGGUUGUGUUUCUGCCACAUUAAAGGGCAUAGGCUCCCAAGUGGCGCAGCGGUCUAAGGCACUGCAUCUCAGUGCUUGAGGCGUCACUACAGACCCCCUGGUUCGAUUCCAGGCUGUAUCACAACCGGCCGUGAUUGGGAGUCCCAUAGGGCGGCGCACAAUUGGCCCAGCGUCGUUCGGGUUUGGCCGGUGUAGGCCGUCAUUUGUAAAUAAGAAUUUGUUCUUAACUGACUUGCCUAGUUAAAUAAAGGUUAAAUAAAUAAAAAUAGGCAGUGUGUCUAUAAGGCUAAGGAAGCUAAGCUUUCCCUAAAAUAAGUUGAAUUAAAUUGCCAAAAUUAUAUAUCCUAAAAGCGUACUCCUGUCUAUGCAGAAAUAAAUACAAUAAUUCAAAAUAGGCUACUACACCAGAAAGCAUGAUUUGGCCACAGAGGAUCAUUAGCUACUUAAAACAAGCUUCCUCUUUUUUUUUUUUAUUGCAUAGCCUACAGUCGGAAGGGCCCGCAAUUUGGGCAGCGUGUGCUGCAAAUACCAAAUAGAUGAUUGUCGAGUGAAAAGCAGAGAGACCCAGCCAGGCAUAUUGCAAUAUUUAAAAAUACAGUCGCAGAAAAACUGUUUGGAAAGCAAAUGGCUAUUGCUGUAAAGAGAUGACAAUGAAAAGACUCCAAUCUGUCUUUUAGUUAAUGCUUAACCUUUUUUAUGGCAAAAUAUAAAUGGAGGUGGGCUAUUGUGUUCUCACCAUCCUGGCUGCUCUUCAGCAAUAGCCUAUCUUAUUUGCACCAGCGGAGAACAUUGGCCAUAUCCCCGGUGAGUGUGCAUAUUCACUGUCUUUUUCAUUGGGUCAGUGCCACUUUUGUUUGUUUUUGGACAAUAAUUUCCUCCUCCAGGUUAGAUGGACGUCAUAUUGUAUUUGUGUCACCCCUUUUCGUCGGCCGAUUAUAUGGCAGCCGAUUAUAUGGCUCAGACAUCAUUUUUAUUUAUCUGUUUUUCAGUGUCAGCAGAGUAGGCUACCCUGUAAUUUUUGUAGUAUUAAAAAAAUAAUAAGGCAUGCGUUCACUUGGGUGUCCCAUACCAGUAAGAAAUUACUUUCACCCCUGCUCUUAUGUAAAUUGUCAAUGUAGUUUUAUUGGGAACUUGUACAAACCUAAGGAGGGAUUUUCUAAAUGGAGUUUAUGUGCUUGUGCCUUUUUGACACUUGUCUUUUUUUCAACCUGCAGACCCAGAUCCAGUACCUCAAGCAAGUCCAGCAGCCCAGUGCAGCCCAACUGCGGUCGUCCAUGGUAGACCCGGCCAUAAACUUAUUUUUCCUCAAAAUGAAGGGCGAACUGGAACAGACUAAAGAUAAACUGGAGCAGGCCCAAAAUGAACUGAGUGCCUGGAAAUUUACACCAGAUAGGUAAAGACGAUCAAAAUAACUCCCCCCAAAAAAGCCAAGACCUCCUCACACCCCCCACCCCCACUGCAGCCAUGCAGGAAUCAUGGUGGGGGGGGGGCAAGGCUGAGAAAUGCUGUACUCACCACAAGACUCAGACUUUACCAAAAACUCAAACCCAAAUACAAAAAAACAAACUGCCAUCCAUGUUUUGUGUACUCUUGUACUGACCCCCAGCUACAUAUCACAUAAUCUAAACUGAAUGAAAAAGACAGUAUGGUCAGGUGACACUUGUUUCAGCUCUCUCUCCCCCCCUCACCGUCCAGGGGCCCUGAAGGAGUCGGAACAGUUCCUGAAGAGGUGGUCACGUCCGACAUGGAUAUGCCCUGCCCCCCCCCUCUCAGCCGAAGCCAGACAGUUGCCUUAUUAAAUGGGGGGUUAUGGUGGAGAAUGAGGCAGUCUUGGGCAAGCUGCCGGAGCAGGGAGAGCACCCCUAGCCUAAAUCACCAAUUGAACAUUUUAAAGACACUGCCCCCGCUAGGUAAAGACAUUUUACAGUGGAAAACACCCCACUCUUACCCGCUAGUGCUCCUGAGACUCUAAGACUCUUGGACAGAUUCUAGAAUGCAAUGAAAAUACUGUGGGGGAAGUUCUAGGAUAAGCUGUAAGACCCUCAGUCCAGAAGUGACUAUGGUUGAGGCAUGGGCGAGCGAGGGUCCGAUCGCCUGUGUCUGAGCAUGGGCCCGCAAACUGGUAGAGUGUAUUUACAUGUUUUAUUUUGUGAGUUUCAUUUGCUGCGGUUUCAUUUACUUUCCUCUUUUGGUUCUCUGAUAUGCUCUUGCGCUUGCUGCAGUGUGUCAACAGAGACAUUUGCUCUGUUAGAUUUGGUGCCCUUGAAAAAAGAACAACCGGUAUGCUACAUUAUUUUGAUGCUCGAUGAUUCCAAAUUGUUAUUUCUAGAACAUACACACUGCAGUUGGUUCUUGAGUGUUAUUUUCUCAUAAUGAUUACAAAUUUGUGAAACAAGUAGUGUUACAACUUCAUGAGAAUGUAUUUAUUCAGUGCAAUAUAUUGUUAUUUGUGUAAUUUGUUGUUCACCUCACUUCCCCCCCCCCCCCUAGCCAAUUACCUUUUGAACUUUUAUUUUUUAUGUGGGGGGGGGGUCAAUUCCAGUUAACAUUCUAGAGAUGAUAUGAAUUGGACCAUUUUUUAGUCAUAGUAAUCUGUGGGCAAUCUGAAAUUAAUUGAUUGAUUUUCAAUUUCAAACAACAGCACAACUAGGUAAACAGCCUAAAUCCAGCCUUGGAUAUCUGGUCAUCAACAUAGGCUAGUUACAACACUCGUACAGUAAGAAUUACAAGAACUCCCAAAGAAAAGAAAACUGCACAUGAGUAAUAAGCUUUUGUCCUCAGUUUUCUUUGCAAUGUCCAAUGAUGUGAUUUGAAUUAUUGGUCUUGUAAUGUAUAAUACCUUGCCUUGUAUUGGGUAGAGUUCAAAAGUAAAGAUUGAGAUUGGGUGGGAACAGCCGGUAAAAUUACAAGGUUCUGAGGUGUGGUCUGCUAAAGCAAUGAUGAGGUAUGAUUCAGUGGGAGUAACAUAUUACAUUUGCUUAUGGCAAGCAAAAAGAGUUGAUAGCCCUUCAACUUUUCAGGUAGCAACCAAAGUAACAAGAUUGUGUGUUUUUAUAAUCCUUUAGACUUCAAAUCCUUCAGUUUCUCCUAAAGGCUCGCACCGAAUGUGGAUCUAGCAUUCGUCUGUCGAUCGUUCAGCGCGCUGUGUUUUAGGGACCGUCCACUGUAGACGUCUGACUGCCCAACAUUUGUCACCUGAUUCUACAUGUAAAAUCGGUGCGCACUCUGUUCGCAAAUUGCGUUCAGAGGUGCUAAGUAUUCUCAGCCAGCAAACGGCUAUUGGUGUGUCUGAGCCCUGAGUACUAUAGAGAAAUAAAAUGUUUUGUCAUGGUUACUACAUUAAUACCUCUGGUGACCUUUACCAAAGUGCUGACUGAGUAACUCACUGGUCUGUUGUGACAGACUCUGAUUUUUGUUGGUGUGGUUUGCUGUUGAAAGUAUAAUUGGGCGUGUAGAAACCUAAAGUAUGGUUGCUGAAAUUGGGUACUUUUACUUGGUCGGUCGUCAUCCUGCUGAGCAGGGUAGGCCUGCUUCUAGUAGUAGAAUGUGCAUAGGGGUACUCAAGAGGUAAAGGUACUGUAUGCUACUUCAUAAGAAUGUUGCUGUUUUGUCAUCUAUGGGGACUUUGCUGGUAUCCUUGGCCGAUCCCAAACUGUCUCCGGUAUUUGUAUCUACAACUGUACUCCUUUUGGAAAUGGAAACUUGCUGUAUGGAUGGACCAGAUUCAUAGUGUUAGUGGAUGGGACGGUGGUAUUCCAGGUCCUCUUUUUUGCAGUCGUGCAGGUGCACAUCUCAGAUCUCAAUGUGGUUCCUGCAAUGCUAAGCAACUCUCCAAGCAAUGCGUGGUAAUCUGAUAAUCUGCAGCGCGACUGCAAAAAUGACUACCUGGAACACCACCACAGUGACCACCUGGUUGGAUCACUGGACUGAUUGAUUGGGCUGUCCCUGUCUUUGCCUGUGAGUGGUGUUUGGCUGUGCCCUGGUUCAUUUUGUGAUGUGAGGUCUGUUUACCUUGCAGCCAGACGGGGAAGAAGCUCAUGGCCAAGUGCCGGAUGCUGAUCCAGGAGAACCAGGAGCUGGGGAGGCAGCUGUCCCAAGGCCGUAUCGCCCAGCUGGAGGCAGAGCUGGCCCUGCAGAAGAAGUACAGUGAGGAGCUGAAGAGCAGCCAGGAUGGUGAGAACACAAUAGCCCACCUCCAUCUACUUCGUCAAAUAGCAUCUGCAUUUAUAUUUUGCCAUAAAAAAGGUUAAGCAUGAAAUGUUACAUUUCAGCACAGUGAAGACCCAUGUUUGCUUUGUAGCUCCCCUGGUUAUUAAACUGUGCAACAGUAAAGUGUGGUCUGUAACCUCUGCAUUGGAGGAGCUAUAUUCUCCUCCACAUGUAUUCAGCAGACCAGUACAUUCAGAUGCAGGAACUUUGUGACAGCGUUUCUUAGACAUGUUUCUAAUAUUCAAUUAAACCAAAUGUAUUUUCCUCCCGGCUAAUUUUUUUUGUUGCCGUUUGCCUAUAUUUAACUUGGGAUUUUUGUCUUGAUCCUGACUGUGUUCCAUCUCCCUGUAUUCUGACCAGUGGCUUUGUCUGUCUGUUUCCGUCCCUCUCAGAGUUGAACGAUUUCAUCAUCCAGCUGGAUGAGGAGGUGGAGGGCAUGCAGAGCACCAUCCUGGUCCUCCAGCAGCAGCUCAGGGAGACCCGUCUGCAGCUCUCCCAGAACCCAGCUCAGGCUGCCUCUUUUGGGGCAGGGCCCAGCAGGACUUCACCCUCCAGCGGCUCUGCCGAGCCCCCCAGCCAGGCCGAGCAGACCUUCACCCCCUCCUCCGCCCAGCCAGGGAAAGACUGCGAGAGGGUCUCCAACGGACCUAGCAACGGUAGCUCGUCCUCCCAGAGAGGCGCAGCGGCCACCCCCAGCCUGUACCGUGAGGUCAGCAGCACAGAGGAAGACUUUCCUCCGUCUCCCAUGGUCUCCAGCCCCGGCGAGGGCGAGACUAAACUCUCCAACCACUCAGAAGCGGCGGGGGGCCAGACUAGUGACUGUGCAGUGGGUUUUGGGAGCCAGCUGAGCGCAGGGUACGAGAGCGUGGACUCCCCAACUGGCAGUGAGACGUCCCUGACGCAGCACUCGAAUGACACAGACUCCAACACCGACCCCCAUGAGGAAAAGGCAGUCCCGGUCAUCAAGGGCAACAGGACUGCAGGGUUGCGGCAUGCUCAGAAUGGCCUGGACUCGAACGGGGGCGCAGUUUUGUAAUGUACUUUAUAAUAACACGUAUGUCUUUAUCUUUUUAUACGAAAGCCAAACAAAAACAAUGAACACAUAGUCGGUAACAGUACUGCUGUCCAGCAUUAGUUUUUCUCUCCUCUUUCCUUUGCCUAUCGUGAUACCUCUGCCAAAACUUAAAGAAAAUAAUUGCGUUGCUAAACCGGGACAUUACGUGUAAUGUAUAUAGAUUUGAAUUGAGUUUUUUGUAUGAUUCAAGCUAGAUAUUUGUAAGUCGCUCUGGAUAAGAGCGUCUGCUAAAUGAUGUAAAUGUAAAUGAGAGAUUAUUUUUCUUCCAUCACUUGUUUAUUUGAACCCAUAACAUUCUUGUUUGAACUCUUGACAAACUCCAAUCGUCACGCAUCUGGUGGUGUAUUCAUGUUCAAUAAAAGUCAAUAAACCACAGUUCACUUUAGGAGCAUUGCAGUGUUCAAGGAUUUCGUCUUUUAGAUGUUGGCCUGUGUUUUGUUUUUAAAAAUUCAGUUUCUAAGUUUCCAUCCUUGGCAAAUAAUAAGUUUCAGUUUGACUUGUGUAGUUUCUACGCGAUGUACCUUGUUGAAUUCAUUAUUCUGACUUCCAUCCUUUUCAUGUACUGACCAAUAUCAAUAAAGACUUAAAUAUGA